UGUUUAGUCCUUGCACUAGACAAGAUUAGAUCUGCAGCAUGUGAAAUGGAUGUCAUUUGUAAUCCUUAGCUAAUGUUAAAUGUGGAGCUACUGGUGGCUGAGAGGUUGCUCUGUACGUGGUGAAGAGAGGCCUUGGCAGCUUGACAUGGAGUUUUUUCUCCUAAUGUUGCUGGACAAGAAUAACAAGGAGAAGAUCUUCAUGUAACUGGCUGAAAAAUGGUUCUGCAAGAUGAUAGCACCAACUGUAAGACUGUUGGAAUGGAGACUCUCUUCACUUUGACAUGAAAUGUGAAGUUUGUUAGUCACACUUUUGUUUCUUUUUUACAGUUAUUGUGGAAGGUUCCAAAUGGUGUGGGUUUUUGUCAUGAACAGGAUGAGCUCCCAGAGCAGCUCAUCUGCUCAGCGCAGGCGAAUGGCUCUAGGCAUUGUCAUUCUCCUCCUGGUUGAUGUGAUUUGGGUGGCCUCUUCAGAACUCACUUCUUAUGUUUUUACAAGGUACAACAAACCCUUUUUCAGUACAUUUGCAAAAACAUCCAUGUUUGUUCUAUACCUCUUGGGAUUUAUUGUUUGGAAGCCAUGGAGGCAACAGUGCACUCGUGGGUUUCGUGGAAGGCAUGCAGCUUUUUUUGCAGAUGCUGAGGGUUAUUUUGCUGCUUGUGCAACAGAUACCACUGUGAACAGUUCUCUGAGUGAACCUUUAUAUGUUCCUGUAAAGUUUCAUGAUUUGCCAACUGAAAAAAAUGGCAGUAAUAGUACUGAUGCAGAGAAAACUCCCAAAAAGCCUCGUGUGAGGUUCAGUAACAUCAUGGAGAUCAGGCAGCUCCCAUCAAGCCAUGCUUUGGAGGCAAAGCUGUCACGCAUGUCGUAUCCAACAGUGAAGGAGCAGGAAUCCAUCUUAAAAACUGUAGGAAAACUCACUGCAAGCCAAGUAGCAAAAAUUAGCUUUUUCUUUUGCUUUGUGUGGUUCUUGGCAAAUUUCUCAUACCAAGAAGCUCUGUCAGAUACCCAAGUUGCCAUAGUUAAUAUCUUGUCAUCAACCUCUGGGCUUUUUACAUUAAUCUUAGCUGCAGUCUUUCCCAGUAACAGUGGAGAUCGGUUUACCCUGUCCAAAUUAUUAGCUGUUAUUUUAAGCAUUGGUGGUGUGGUACUUGUUAACCUUUCUGGAUCUGAAAAAUCUGCUGGAAAAGAUACAAUAGGUUCCCUUUGGUCUCUUGUAGGAGCAAUGCUGUAUGCUGUCUACAUAGUCAUGAUAAAAAGGAAGGUAGAUAGAGAAGAUAAACUUGACAUACCAAUGUUCUUUGGUUUUGUAGGACUGUUUAAUCUGUUGCUGCUGUGGCCAGGGUUCUUCCUGCUGCACUAUACUGGGUUUGAAGCAUUUGAGUUUCCCAAUAAACUGAUAUGGAUGUGCAUUGUUAUAAAUGGCCUUAUUGGAACAGUUUUGUCAGAGUUCCUCUGGCUGUGGGGCUGCUUUCUUACCUCAUCACUGAUAGGCACACUUGCCCUAAGCCUUACAAUACCUCUGUCCAUAAUAGCUGACAUGUGCAUGCAAAAGGUGCAGUUUUCCUGGUUAUUUUUUGCAGGAGCAGUACCUGUAUUUUUUUCAUUUUUCAUUGCAACUCUCUUGUGUCACUAUAACAACUGGGAUCCAGUGAUGGUGGGAAUCAGAAGAAUUUUUGCCUUUAUUUGUAGAAAGCAUCGAAUUCAGAGAAUGCCAGAAGAAAGUGAGCAGUGUGAAAGCCUCAUCCCUAUGCAUAGUGUUUCACAGGAUGGAGACAGCUGCUGUUCUUAGACAAAAGUUUAAAAAUGGAAUGAUGCCCAGCGAAGAGACAAUCUUCUGGAAAAGUCCCUAAGGAAUCAUGUUUCAGUGCCUAAUCUGAAUUUGUAGUAAAAACAAGAAGUUUCAGUUCUUUUGAAACUCUAAACUUUUUCUUGCUUUCAUGUGAUUUUACAAAUGAACAGAUUUACUACAUGCCUGUCACCGAAGAGAGUCAGUCCAUCUGAGCAACCAACCUGCCUUAUAACACUUGAGUCGGUGACAUUACUUGACAAAAUCAAGGAAGCAAAUGCUGUUAAGUGAUUUCUUUCUUUUUUUAAGUCACAAUUUUGUUAAAUGCUGGACAAUAUUAUUUUUAAAAGAUACUUUAAAGUGAGUUAUGUAAAUAAGUUUGCAGGUCAUCAAGUCUUACAGGCUUUCAGAUGAAAAGCUAAAUAGAUUUGUUACCUGUAGUAGGUACAAAUUAAAUUUUUUAUGUUGUAUAAACUAUUUGCAUAUUAAUAGAUGAAAAUAGAUAAAUAAUUUAUUAAGUGCAUUCUUAUAAUUACUGAGGCAGGAUCUUUGUAAGGUCCUGGAACACUACAUAUAUAAUGUCUUAGGCCAUUUUGAGUAGCCUUGUAAUGGCAAUGGGUGCUGAUGAUUAAAAAUCAGAAAAAUUGCCCAACAAUCAGGAAUGCUUAAAAUUUCAGUGAAUGGUAAAAUAUUUCUAAUUGCAAUACCUUUGGGUAUAAAUUCUUAUACAUGUUUUUAAACAGGCUGGUUCUGUAACCCAUUCUCAAUCCUAAUUGUCACUCAGACAUGAAAAUUUUCGGGUGUAGAGAUCAAAUUAAUUGUGAAAGUUUUCAGUCAGUGGUUUGGAGCUACAAUCUGCUAAACAAUAUGAAAAGGAAAGGUGUUUGCAUUGAUUUUUCUUUCCCCCCAGCUGUAUUAAUAAAUUUAUUCUAAAACUGAUAAUUAUCUUCCUUCCACUGCAGCAUUUUAUCCUUUUUAAUCCAGCGAAGCUAUAUUAAUUAUAUUCAGGAAUAUUUGAAAUUAGUCAAUGCCAUUUUUCAGCUCCUGGCCUAUAAGGCACUUAGAUCAAAGUUAAUUUUGGCUUUUGAUGGAUUUUAUUUUUUCUACAGUGAAUAUGAGAUGGAUUUUUAGCCAGGAGUAUUUUCUUCCACACAACAAGGUUAUUCAUAAUGUAGGAUGUUUCUGCUGUCACUCCACACAGAUAAAGAAGGAUGACAUAGCAGAAAUAUUUAUUCAUGUUUUGGUACUCAGUAAUGAUCAUUCCAAAAGUAAUUUUGGUCUUUUGGUAAUAAAACUGUUCUUUGAGAGGGAAUGCAGGAAAGCAACACGCUUAAGCUCUACAUUUAUAGAAGAAUUCGAGCCAGCAGCUGGAAUUUAAUGUAAGAACUAUGUGUAGAGAAGGAAGACAAAAUGAACCUGGGCUCUUCUGUUCAAAUAUUUAACCUUCAUCAAGUUUUUCCUUCCUGUUUUUAAUAGUGGAUUGCACUACAAACAUUGGUGAUCUGAGGCAUCUCUUUAAGAUGAGGUAAUAAGUCCUUCUUGGACACAAAAAUAAGAAUUAAAAGAAAAAACCAAACCAGUUACAACAAAAUCACAAACCCAAAAGGGACAAGAAAGUCAAUUAAAUUUCACAGUUAAAUUUCCAAGCCCCACAAGUUGAGAGGUCAGAAAUUGCAGUAUGUCAAACUAAUUUUAUUUUGGUAAAAUUUUCAGGCAUUUUUUGAUCAGUGGAGUUUCCUUAGGUUUUGGAUUUGUCCUUCAAAAUUAUGACAAAUUUAGAGGAUGUUUAACUUUUUUCAAGAAGUAUUGUUAAUGCCUACUCACAAAAAAAAAAAAAGAGUCUCUUUUUAGUUAAUGAAAUGUUUCAAUGAGAUCCUGCAGAAUAUUUGAUACCAGGCAUUAACUCCAAGUUUGAAUCAGCUGGGACUUGUGGCAUCAGUGCAUUAAGCCUGGAAAAACCGAGUUUGCUUUCAGAUGGGCAAUGACAGUAUUUGUAGCAAAAUUUUCUGUUAUGAUUUUUGCAGUUGGUCAUGCAAACAGGAUUGGACCUGUAAUGUCAAAUGUGCAGUUGCUAUUUGUAUUUGCCCUUAUGUUCAUGGCUUAAAGUCAAAGAUCAUUGUAGCCUCUCAUGUAUAUGACUGUUAAUUUGCAUUACUCAUUAGUUUAAGAGGUUAAGAAAAGUACUAAGAGAAUAUUCUUCUGUCUCUGACCCCAGGAAUGUUGAAGAACAUUC